GAGCUUGCCGCGCUUCGCUUCGUUUUUCUCCAGAAGCUCUGGGAGCUCCUGCUCUCUUCUUUCAAACCACGAACAGGUCAAGACCUAAAAGCUUGCUACCUACUGGUACCUCCUGCCAUCGCCUUCCAGAAUUCAUUUCCUUUCCCCAUUUUACGAAAUCUCCAUCCUCCGUCGCGACCCACAAAUGACCUCACCAAGAGCUCCAGCAGCUCCGAUUUCCAUGACAUAGCUGCAGUAGCUGCAAUUCUGGUCGACCACAACGCUCUGGCCGGCUUACAGCAUGACUUCGGUCAACAUCGACAGCGCUGCCCGGCUGGCAUCGCAACCGCCUACGCCAAUUGCGCAGCUGCAUCCGGACUUGCCAGAUCAGGUUUCGCGGGUCGUUCGCGGCGAGAUCACGAUCACAUGGCCUUACAGCUCAGUCAACAAGACCUUCGCCUUCUUGCUCGCCGAAUGCGACGUGCGCCUUCGACGGGCCAGGGGACAAAUUCGGAUAGAGCUCCGUGGGCCCAGCGCGAAAGCAGCCUCUGAAUGUGGCCUCGGGGCCGGCGAUGAGUUGCUCGUUAGCUUAGAAGGUGUGGUGUGGGCUAAGGAUGAGUCUCCAGGCCGCAUACCUGGCGCAAGGGUGGAAUGGCAGCUGCAGUUUAGCGAGAAACUUAUCCUCCAGGCCAAAUCUGGUGAAUCGGGCGAAAUAAAGCAUAUCAACACCGACCACAACACAGCACAAUCUGCAGACGGCCCUGUACCUGAACCGCCGAAAGCAGCUACCCCCGAGCCAGAACCUGCCACGCUUGAAGUGCAAUCUGCCGUUCGGAAGAUAUCGGAGUUCCCAGCGAACGAAUACCCUUCGCCAGCGUUUGUGAAGAGGGCCAGACUUUCAUAUGGUGCUCUGUUCGAGGGCGGCUUUGAUAUUUUUGAGGAGGAUGGCGGGGUGAGAGGCAAGGGUCGGAAGAGGACCCGGUUUGAGCACGGCAGAAGCGCGUGGAGGUAUGCUAGUCAGUCACCUAGCCCCGAGCCUACUUCGCCUAUUCAGGAUGAGGCCGGAGAGGAUGCUUCAGCGGAUGUGACACCGCAGCCGUCGCCUAAGCCGCAGACGACGGACGAGGGUUGCCAGACUAUCGAUAUUGAGAUGGCGGAGGCUGCUCCGGAACCGGUCGAGACGGCCGGCGCACAACCGGCGCAAACCUCAACUCCGGUCUCCCAGGAAGGCCCGACUGCUCCUGUGCAAGAGGGAGAGGUUACAAUACGUCAAGUCGACGAUGCGUCCGCUAUCCCGACCCCCGAAGAGAAAUCGCCCCCUGUGGUCGAAGAGGGACAGGCUAGGGAGGAAUCGGCCAUGGCUACACAACCGACGACAAUUGUAGAACCACAAGGGCGAUCUGUCGAGGAACACGCCCAAGAUGAGAAGGCCCAAGAGAAGCAGGCCCAAGAGAAGCAGGCCCGAGACCAGCCUAUCACGGAAGCCCCGAGAUCAAGCCCGCCGCCGCCGAAUACUAAGAGCACUCCAGUCGGCGAUCCGUGGCCUCUCGGUUCUAGUUUCUCCAUGUUUGGCACUAGCGCACCUGUCCGAGCAGAAUCGGCACUGAGCCUAGCAGAUCAGGUCAGAUUCGGCUUCUCCCACAUACCGCACACUACACGCCCAUCUUCCCCGCGGAGACCAGAGCAUGAUCACCAGCCUAACGAUCAGGAGGAGGACCCAUACCCUGUAUCCUACCUUAACGAAGGAUCAGCUCCCGGGAAGUAUGCUGAUAUGAACACCUACACCAAUGACGCGGAUGAACAGAGCGACAUGGCUGUUCUCGGUCAACCCGUAGCACUAGAACCACCCACGGUAGCGCGUUUCGACCCGGAUCAAUGGGAGAUAUCGACCCAUUCUCCACAUUACAACCCAGUCGAGGGCGGUCACUUCAGCACGGAUGCUCUAGAAGGAGCGAGGGUCACAGCGGGACACGAAUCACCGCCUACGAGUGGCGUUGUCACAGAAAAGGUUCCUGAGGGCUUUGCCAGCUACGGACAUGGAAGCGUAUCCGACAGACAACAGGAUAGACCUCCGCGGGAAGAACAUGGCCACGAUGAACAGCUCCUCGUGGAGAAAGACGAGACAAUGAGUGAAGACGGGGUCAGCAUUGAUGGGCAAGAGGAGGAGGAGGAGGACGCCAACUACGAGUAUGCAUAUGGUGAACAGCUUGAGGAAGGCGACUAUGAUCAACGCGCCUAUGAAAUCCCUGACGAUGAUGACGAGGGCUUAUCGGAAGAAGAUGACGAGGUCGAACUAGAAACCGAGGAACGCUACGGCAAUGCGGAGACGUACGAUGAGGAUAGUGAAGGCGAAGAGUGGGAUGAAGAUGAUGAUGAGCAAGGCGAGGAGGAAGAGGAUGAAUACGAGAGCGGGGAGGAAGACUUUGAGGAAAAGUAUGACAUGGGGGGGUGCCAGCCUCGGAAAGCAGCUGCGCCUGCGCCACCAGGAGAGCCAGUCGUUAUCAGCCUUCUCUCCGAUUCCGAAGAUGAGGAUGAGGAUGAGCCAGCUCCACCACCGAGCAAGCCAGCAGCUGCUACGCCGCCUGCUCCUGUACAGCAUCCGCGUCCGCCCAUCACCUUUAGAAAAGCGUCUCGUCCAACGCCACCUGAGCGUUCGCCCCGCGUUUCAAAGACGGCCGACUCGGACAGCGUUGUGAAAGAGCCUGAGCCUGAACCUGCACCGAAUAAUAUCUUUAGCCAGACCCAGGUCGUCGACUUCGCUGAGCGGUCAAACCAAGGUGCUAGUCAGCAAUCGACAGUACCGGCAACUGAAGCAGGUGCCCUUACUGAAGGCAACUCAUUCACCAGCCAAGUUCCAGGCUCGUUCGAAGUCUCCAACGCACGGGGAGAAUCAGCUCCGCCCCAAUCCGAACCUGCGCCGAGUGAAAUUUCCUCAGAAGGCCUUUUUGUCUCACAUUCGAAGCUGCAGCCCGAGCCCGAGGUCGGGCCCGAGCCAGCGCCGAGCGAGACUUCUUCACAGGGCCUGUUUGUCUCACAGCCCCGUGCUAGGUCUCCAGCUGCGCAUGAUGAGGAUUUUCGCGAAGACCGUCAGGAGCCCAGCGAGAGACCCACAGAUGGUGACAUGGAGUGGGAUCAGGAACAAAACCGGUCUAGGGGCGUUUCUAUGAGUGUGGAAGAAAUAGAAGAGAGCGAAGUGAUUCAAGAAGAAGCGAGAUCUCGCGGUGAUUCUAUGAGUGUGGAGGACAUGGAACAGGCUGGGUCUCGGGGUGAAUCCAUGAGCGUGGAGGACGUAGACGAGGAGGGGAGCCCACACGCCGGCUCCCGGGGUGAAUCCAUGAGCGUGGAAGAAGCUGGAGAGGGCGAAACUACUCCCCGACCCGUUAAGACUCAAGUCGAUACGCUCAGCUUGCCAGAUGCAGAUGACGAUUCCUUCGCCAGCCAAGUCAUGAUGGAGGACGUCGUGGAGAAUGAGGAUGAGCAUAUGAGCACCGAAGACGACCUGCCAAAGGAUACCGUCAACCUGGAAGAGCCGUGGUCCACAAUCGAGGUUGAAGAGAUUGCAAUGUCGGAAAUGGAUGUGGACAUGCUUGACGCGGGCUCACCGCUGGUGGAGUCAGCUUCGUCAGUGAUGAUGGCUUCACAAAGCCCCCAGCCGGGGACUUCGGCCCAAACAGCGGUGUUCGGAUCUGAUUUCAUGGUCAGCGAAGUUGUAUCUGAGGUUGCCGUGUCAAUUGCUGCGGACGAGUCUAUCCCGAGUUCUCAGAUAUCAGCGGAACAAGAGGCGGAACUCCCUAUUAGUACUGCAGAUUGGCAAGAACCGACUGAAGCGGCGCGCUUGCAGGAGACACCACGAACAAUACUCAAACCGCAAGCUGAGGUUUCGGCAACAAGUGCUGACAAGUCGGGGGGAACAGAGGACCAAGAGAAGAUCAGGUCUACGCCUUCGGAUGUCAUCGAGGGACCCUUGGAUGCGCUGCCAUCUAAGACCCAGCAGGAGGUGGAUGAAGAGGUAACCACCGACAUCAGGUCCGCCAAUGCUACACAGAGUAUUGGUUCGCCGGAGCUUGGAGAAAAGGAUGCUAUGGAAGAUCAAGUCGCUGAGCUCCCUUCUCAGACGGAACAGGACGGGGCAGAGCAGGGGGCGAAGGAAGGUGAGGAAUCUGCUCAACAGACUCCGGGGCCUGAGCUAGCUCCGCAGGCUACCUCCGCGGAAGCAGAAUAUCUAGACGACGAGACUAUGAUACUUCAGCAACUCACCCAAGAAUCCCUCGAUAUCAGCGUCAGCCUAGCCAGGGGAGCUCUGGCCUCCCCCUCGAAAUGCACCCAAGAGCAACUCACCCAGAGACUACAAGUCCAAGUAGCGGAGGCAGCAGAAGGCCAAACACCCGACUGGUCAUCGUCUCCUGAUCCCAGCGCCAGCCUAGCUAGGGAAGCCCUGGCAUCACCCUCCAAGCAUGCCCAGGAUCUACAAGAAUCCGCUGAGGAUGAGGCAGCAGAACCUCAAGUACGAACCCGAUCACCGUCUCCUGACGCCGGGGCAGCAGUGGCCUCGCUCUCGAAGCGCGGCACCCGGCGCCAAAAGAAGGCACUGGAGCCACUUCGAACGAGAAUGAGCCCUCCUGUCACUCGCGCACGGUCGAACAGUCUCCGAUCGGAUACCACUGCGGAGACUUCCGAAGACUUCAGCGUCAGCCUAGCCAGAGAAGCCCUGGCCUCGCCCUCUCGGCGCGGCGCUAGCCCGGCAGCUACUACUGCCGCGACGCUAAAAUCAGAACUCACCAAGCGACUACGCACGGAGCUGCCCGAAUGCAUCCCGCUGAAGUCCCUGCGCACGUACGUCGACAAGUUCCCCAACGCCGUCGUUGUCGUGACAAGCCAGCCUUCCACGCCGACACGCGCUAAGGGCGGGCCGCGCGAGUAUUUCAUGUCCUUCCACGUCACAGAUCCGUCCACCGCGCCUUCGCAGGUGGUCGAGGUGCAGCUGUACCGGCCACAUAAGGACUCGCUGCCGGUCGUCAAGCCCGGGGACGCGAUUCUACUACAAAAAUUCCAGAUCAAGGCGCUGAGCAAGAAGGGGUUCGGACUGCGCACGGGGGUCGAGUCGGCUUGGGCUGUUUGGGAUGAUGGCGCUGACGACGAUGGCGGCGCACCCCAGAUCAAGGGCCCACCGGUGGAGGGUUGGGAGACUUAUGUGCCAUACGUGAAGACGUUGAGGGAAUGGUUUGGCUUGCUGGUUGCGGAUGAGGCAGCAACGGCGAAGCUGGAGAAGGCGGAUCGGAAGUUGGCCGAGGUUGCCGGUGUUGGUGGGAAGUGAACAAACGGCUGGCGCGGAUUUGCUAGGCAUCAUAUUCUGAGUUCGGUUCAUCAUUGAGAGGUGCGUAGAAAAAUGGUCACGGGCAUCGGGAUGGAGUUUCCGGGACAGGGGUAGCUAUCUGCUAGGUAUGGUAAUAUGGUAAUGGUAGACGGUUAUGCGAUCUGCACUACCUCCAAUAUAUCCUCGAUUGGAGCCCAGCUUCUAACUCCAAUCUUGCCUUGCAGCAGCAUCGGGUAACCCCUUUCUGGCAGCGUUCUUUGCUUGGCUGGUACCGGGCUGGAUGCCAAACCGCUUCCUGGCCAACACAGAUCAACCCAAUAGUGUAAGCACAAACACGUCUGUCCGCUGAGUUGUUUGCCUCAUUUCUUUUCUACGUAACUCUACGUACUGCGACGUCUGAAGUUAUGUCAUGCCAUAUCA